CCAUGGAGAAUGUGUCAGCUGUGACAUCCUUCAUAAUGACAGCAUACAUUGAACUGGAAGCUUAUAGAUAUUUAUACUUCCUGUGUUUCCUUAUUUUAUACAUUCUAAUAUUAUUGUUCAAUUCUGUUUUAAUUUUGGCAAUUUACACUGCAAAAGGUCUGCAUGAACCUAUGUAUUUGUUUAUAUGUAACUUAGCAGUGAAUGGACUGUAUGGUAGCACAGUUUUAUUACCAUCAAUGCUUGGCCAUUUGUCAUCUCAGAAUUAUGAAAGAUCUCUGACCCAUUGUCUGUUACAGAUAUACUGCUUAUUCCUGUAUGGUAUAGUUGAAUUUACUAUUUUAACAGUGAUGAGCUAUGACCGUUAUGUUGCUAUCUGUCACCCAUUACACUAUCACCUCCUCAUGUCCCCUAGAAAGGUUACUGCAGCCAUUGUAUUAUCCUGGGUUGUUCCCUGUGUUUACUUUGCCCUUUAUUUCAUAUUAACAACUGCCCAACUGUCAUUCUGUGACAGGAAUAUAGAAAAAGUGUAUUGUUCAAAUUUUCAUUUACAGAAAUUGUCUUGUUUUGACACGAGUGUUGACAACAUUGUUGGAAUGGCGUUAAUUAUAGUGUGUCCUGGUCUGCCGAUUAUCCUGAUACUAUUUUCCUACGCACAAAUACUCAGAAUCUGCCUCUUUGCUUCUAAGGAAUCUCAAAUGAAAGCUCUUCAAACAUGCACGCCACACUUAGUGACUGUGAUGAACUAUUCUGUGGGAGUCUUAUUUGAGCUUGUGGAGAGUUCAUUUAACAUGAGUAACAUCCCACACAAAGCUCGCAUAUUCCUGUCUCUUUACUUUCUGAUAAUUCCGCCAUUGCUUAAUCCGGUCAUUUAUGGAAUGAGCAUUCACACCAUAAGAGUUCAGAUUUUCAAGUUGUUCCUUGCUAAAGAAAAAGUAAAUUCUCUCAACUCUAGGUGA